AUGCUCCAUGGAAAGACCAGGGGGAAGAUCGGAGUGCCCCAGCUGAUGAUGGGAGAAGAUGAUGCAGCUCUCAGCCUGCAGCACAGCUUUCCAGCUCCUGCCCCGGCGCCAAACGAAGGCAUGGAGCCGAAGCAGGAGGUCCACUGCAAGUGGCUCUCCAUGCAAACUUCUCUGAAGCGGCAUCGAGGGAGCUUCCACCCGCAGCUGAAGCCAAGCAUGCCGGUCUUGAUUUCUAGGUUUCUUCAUGCCGAAGCAGAUGUGAUUGUUCCGGGGACGGGCACCGGGCUGCGGACGUCGAGCGCCUCCGCGGCCGCCCCUCCUGGUGGUGAUGCUGGAUUGGACGGAUUAGGAGGCCCAGGAGUACAACUUGGAAGCCCAGAUAAGAAAAAGCGCAAGUCAAACGCACAAGGGUCUACCUUUCCUCCACCAUCUGAAUAUGCUCCUCCGCCGAAUCCAAGCUCUGAUCACCUCAUAGCUGCAAAUCCCUUUGACGACAACUACAACACCAUUUCUUACAAGCCGCUGCCAUCGGGAAAUCCUUACUUUGCUAAUCCCACCUACCCUGGCUUUGGUGGCUACAACACGUUCAGAAUGCCUCCCCAUAUGCUUCCUAGGAUGGCCUCACCAUAUGGUGCAACUUACCCGCUCAGAAACCAGCCUCAUCCGUUUCCGCAGAAUCCGGUGGGGAUGGUCUUCAAUCGGCCUCAGGCCAUUAACUUUGGGCCACAUGACAAUGCCAGUUUUGGAAACCAGCCACCCUAUAACCCCAACGUGAAUCAAAACAUCAACAUACCCAGCCAGCAUUUCAGGCCAAAUCCUGGAGAGAACUUUGGCCACAUGCCUUCCCAGAACACGACUCCGGUGUCCCACCAUGACAUGCCCUUGCAUUUUGGACCGGGCAACAAUCCCAACUUUAAUAAUUCCCAAAUGGAAUCGAACCAUUCUUACGGUGCCCUGCCAAACAGUUAUGGCCAGACAAAGCCUUCUCAAAAGCCGGGUGCAAACAAGCACGGCAACGCCCCUCCGCCGGCACCACCGCAGCAGCAGCAGCAGCAGCAGCAGCACCCGCAUGGAACAGAAGACGUCGUGAGCUCAGGAAAUACCGACGUGAAAGCUGUGAGUCGAAAUAUCUCAGCCAACCAGGAGAGCAUCCCUCCGAAAAAUGCCGAAAAUCUAAACAGCCAUCACGCCAACGGGACCCAGAACAAGCCCUGCCUGCCGCGAGGGGCCGCCGAGGGAGGCGGCUCUGAGAAAGGCAGCAAAGUCCCCCUGCACCCCGGCCCGCACGGCCACACCCCCGCCGAGCCCGUCUACCCCUGCGGGAUCUGCACGCACGAGGUGAAUGACGACCAGGACGCCAUCUUGUGUGAGGCCUCUUGUCAGAAGUGGUUUCACCGGAUCUGCACGGGCAUGACCGAGUCGGCGUACGGGCUGCUCACGGCAGAGGCCUCCGCAGUGUGGGGCUGUGACACUUGCAUGGCGGACAAAGGCGUCCAGCUGAUGCGCACCAGGGAGACUGCCGGGCCGCCAGCGCUGAAUGCUGAUGCGUGAGACCCUCCGCUAGCCCAGCCUUUCUGGGAUGCUUCCGCGGCACUCCUCCAGGAGCUCUGUUUUGCUUUGGGAUUUUUUUUUUUGGGGGGGGGUCCUUUAUCUUAUCUCUGUUCAUUGGUCUGUGUCUUCUUUGUUUUCUGCCCAAAGUGCACUCAGCUUUGAUCAGACGAACUGCUAGGCAAUGCUUGAUUGGAAGCGGAUUGUGCAUCUGGUUUUGCACACAUGGCAAGUGACGGUGUCCCUGGCGAGCUGCCGGUGUGAGCAGAAGCCGUCUGGGCUGUUCGGCCUGAUUGUGGCAUGCUUUGCAAGAGCGGAAUAGUGGCUGGAAUUCAGAAUCCCCGCAGCUUUCUUGUUGGGAGUGACUACUGUCCUCUCUUUGGAGCUUUCCUUAAGUUCUAAAGGUAAAGGAUAUGAUGCAGGGAGAAAAACUGAGCAAUACUUCAGAGACAAACAUCAACAAUGUCUGUCUGUACACUAGCUGAAACUAUCAUGUACAACUCGGGUUUGAGUUUAUUUCAAACCAUCCGUAUUUCUACAGUGUCUCUUUCAGAAAACAUGAGUCGGCUGUGUAGGAUUCUCAUAAGAAACAUGCCAAUUUUUAGCAACUUCUGCAGACAUGCCCAGCAGGCGUUUCUGGUGUGGUCUUUAGCAGCCCGUUUCCAAAGGCAUUUGCCCAGUAGGAAGGUUCGUAGGGUCCAGGGGCCGAGCAAACAUGCUGAGAUGAGUUGCCUGAAGCCCAAAGCCAUCUUUUUCUCACCCCUCUUUUUCUCGGGGGCAGAAUUCAGAUUCUCCUGAUAUGUUCCCACCCAAGCUGGGCAGCUCCCCUGCAGCCACGAUGCGGCCCCCUCUCCACUGCGGUGCCGACUGGGCGGUUUGGGCUCUUCGACUCCCUCUUUGCCCACGAGGGCAGUCUGAGAGGAUUUCGCACGCGUGGUUCCACUGAGUCCGUGGGAGCCCACAGGGCACGCCUGUUCUCUCCUGGGGGGGCACAGGGUCGAGUGGCGAGGCCCUGGUGCAGGUGGCCCCACUCCAGGGCCCACUCCACUGGGCCCACUGAGGCAUGCAGACUCCCCCACCCCGACUGUGAAUGUUGCUUUGCUUGCUCUGCUGUCCCUCGCUUCCGUUUCUGCAACAUCCCCGGUGGCUGCCGCUGGAAGAGCCCAGGCAGCUUCAGCCCACCCCAGCUCAUGGGUCGCCAGUCCUGCCGCUGCUCCCAGCUGGGCUGCUUCUGCUGCCUCCGUUCUGCCCCAGGCUGUGUUUAUGACCAUGGCUUGACCCUGGGGGCAUUUGGUGGGGAAGGGCCACUCCCUGCGGGUUUCUCCUCACACACUGUAGCUGUUGGGGUGUUGUGCCCAGACAGGAUGCUGUGUGGCGAGUGUGGCCAUGGGGGUCCUGUCCUGGUGCCGGGCACUGGCCAGAAGUGACCUUCCGCUAGAAUCUUCCCCCAGGACUGGCCCCUUGCCCUUUGGGGAAAUCCCACCUUGCUUCAGUGAUUGUGGUUUCGUUGAGUUUACAGGGCUGCCACAGGCAUGCAAAGAUCUUGGGAGUCCCAAGCAAUGCCAGAGGAAUGUGGAAAAGUGGCCACUGCAUGUGGUACAGACGGGGGGGAUCCUGAUCCUACGAGUUUUGGCCACGUUCUUUGUCUGGGAAGAGCAGAACCCCCACGGCCCACUGGGAGCCCAUGGGGCUCGGCGAGUUCUACGCAGACUAACCUGGGUCUUCCUCCAUACUGCUGCUCCUUCAUCUUUGGAUAUUAGAAGUUAACGUAGUAGCCUAUGCAGGAAAAAAAUCGUUGCCAUUGCAGGGAAGCAAGGAAAGAGUCAUUUCCCAAUGGGGCAUCUCACAUUUCUGCGCUGUUAACUUCUUGCUCUUCCGUGCCCCACGGGGUACAGUGUGGGGCUUGUGGCCAAGAUUUUGCCCUCCUCAGUGUGAGGCCUUCCUGCCAGCCUGCCAUUCAGACAUGGGCUGCUGCUCUCGGGGAGAGCUGGGUGCGGGGGCGUGUGACUGCCAUUAUGGCAAGAUGGAAUCCUUUUAAGCGUCUCCCGUGCGAGAGCAAACUUGUGAUGCCUUGCUUGUCUCAAACCGUAAGAACGGUUUGCUCUCUCCAAGGGCGUGUGCCUGGGUACAGCGAGAACGCUGUACAUGCUGCAAGUGGAGUGUCGCAGCCGCCCCCGUUGGUGCCCCCCCUGGGAGCCUCCGAGGGGCGCCCUCGGCACUGUGCGCAGGUCGUCCUUCAGCCUUUGCGCCUCAGGAGGCACCCGUGCGAGCGAGAGUGGCACGCGGCAAACAUCACGCCUGUGCUGCAGAGCGGGGAUGCCCCUGUGGGGCUGUGCCGUGUUGCUCUCCCAGGCAAUGUGGAAAGAGCCACACCGUUGGGAAAGCGUUCAGAACGCCGGGUGCUUUGUGGCUGGAGAUGCAUGCGGCUUUGAGGUGGUUCUCGUGGCUUUUUCCGCUAGUCUCGGGGCAAGCGGAAAAUGGCUUUGGUGCGGUCACGACUCCAGUGCAUUCGGUAGGACCACGUGCUGCUCUGGCCAGCCUCUUGGCUGGGUUCUUCAGGGUGACACGUGCCAGUUGGGGGUCGGAGUGCUUAUUCGGCAGCAAGAUGAGAACGGCUGCAGCAGACGCGUUUUCGGAAGGAGCUUGGCAAGGCUGCAUUCGCCGCAUCCCCCUGUCCAGGCGCCCUGCGUGACUGAAUGGAGUCCAGGGAGACGAUGCACCAUCCGGCCAGCCCCUCUUCUGAGCUGGUGGGUGAGGGGAAGUGGCCUCGCGCACUUUCGCCCGAGACUUUUCCCUCGCCCCAGCUGGAGAAAGCGAGGCUGCCGUGAGGCCCUCCUGCCUCCUUCCACCUGGCGUGGCCUCGUGCCCGCUGGGGAGCAGCGCUUUGGCGCCUGGGCAGAAGAGUGGCCGCCGAGGCAGAUGCUCGUAGCGCCUUCUGGCUUGGGCUUUCCUAAUGGCCCUUCCCCUUUCUCAUGCCUGGCAAUCAUUUCGAAGCAGUGGGAGAAAAGCAGAGCAUCUCUUAACCCGAAAAUCUGCAUGAGUGUGGCUGAGCCAGAUGAAGUGAAGUGUAGAACUUCUGACAACAGAAGGCGAUCACCAGUAAAACUCUUGUGGCGACUGGCCGUUCCGGUAAGGCCAGUGUCCACAAGUCCAGGAGUGGUGGUGGUCUACCUGUCUGGAUCCCAGCCCUUUCCUUUGGAGGUGACUGAAUGGAGCUUGGCAGAUGGCUUUGGGUGCAAUAGCCCCAAUUCUGGUGGAAGGCAAAUCCAGGCAGACGCGGUGCAGUUGAACAUGGCACCUGGGAGACUCGGGUUCUCUACAGCACGGUUUGUCCCAGUUCCCUGUUCUGAGAUUUGUGACGUUCCUAAAAUCAAGUGAUAGCAGGUUCCCAUUUGCCUCUCAUUCCCUCAUCCCAGUUUCACCGCUGGGGCCUGGGGGAAGCUUUUAAACUGUUGUUGAAAUCCCAGUCAAACUACGCCUUGGCAUCUUCAGCUCCGCAGGCUCUUCCAGGGCAAAAGCCAUCCCUGCGGCAGCCGUGGGGUUCCUUCCGUGCAGGGUCUGCCUCACUCGGCUGCCCUGGCAGUGGCGGAGGGGAGGGUGUCCCCGCUGUGCCGUGGGGCUGCUUCACUGGUCAGCGAGGAGUGCAUGGCAGGCGGCACAGAGGGCGUGCAGCUGUUCUCGUUCCUUACGCAAAGGCGCAGAACUUGAUGAAAGGCAGAGCUGGGCGUGCCGCCUGCAGAGAGGCUCUGCCCACGGGCCCCCAGCCAGCCAGCCUUGGCAGUCCAACCACAGCGUGACCCCAGAGGCAAUUGGGAAGCGCUCGCACCGGUGCCCUGCAAUCCAAGGGAAAGCAGGAGCUCUCCGGGCCCACAGGAGACGGCACACUGGGCACCAAGAAGAGGGGCCCGCAGGUCCAUUCCCUGAGUCAUGGCAAGGCGAUGGGGGGACCUCGCCUUGCAGCCCCCCGCCGUGGGGCUCAUCCCAUCCCAAGGCAGGCGGUGGAUGUGGCGCUGUCCGAGGGGCGGGCACACACCUCAGAGGAGCGGGCUCAGCUUCCGUUCGGCUACCUCAGCCAGCAUGCAUUGGCCCCUACGGUCGUUGGGCAGGUCUGGGCUUGCACAUCUGUGUUGGAAAAGACUGUUCCAGAAAUCUGCUUCAUCUCUGAUACUUAGCGGCCUUCGGCCCUCUUCUGGGACUGUCCAGCUUGGCCCGUGAGCCCACUGGGGCCUGCUUGGUGCAGGCGCCCGCCUUCCUUUUCCAGAGGAGGCAUGCUUGCGGAGUGGAGGCUCGCGCAUGCUGCUCCAGCACACCCGUGCUGUGGCGCCGAGCAGGGACCUGGGCACUGCACAGAGCGGGAUCAUGUCUGAGCCAGCCGCUCGUCUCUUUUGCAUGAGAAACGACUGAACGCUCCCUAACCUCUGUAAGAGUCACCGUCCCUGGGAUCACCAUAGUGGCUCUCCCUGUACCCUUCUGAAAUGAAAAAGGUCAGGAAUUUGCCAGCUGUGCUAAAUGGUGCCGGGUCCCACCCCUCGGGGGCAGCAUUUGUCCUUUCCUCUGUGGUCUUCAUUGCAGGCCUGUUGAAGCGUCCCUGCUGCAUCUUGCUGGCCCUCAUUUGCCGAAUGUGAUCAGUGCUGGCCGUGGAGCAUCUGGGUCCCUAAGGGGCCCCCGUGGAGGAGUCCUCCGCAUGCUCAGGGGGCUCUGAACUCCCAGCCCAGCAAGGAAGGGGCUCCGCCUGCUGCCUCAGAUGCCUGAGAGGGAUGCCCUGGGGGCACUCAGUCCUCAGGAGGCCCAGUGGCACUCCAGGCCCACCGCUGGCACCCCCUCCACCACCAGGCCCAGGCUAGAAGCAAACUUGGACUAGGCCUCCGUCUCUCUUUCCACCUGCCCUCUGUGAUCAGGAGAGCAGGAUCAAGUUUAGCCAUGCAGGUAAAAAUCUUAAAAUCUUCCUUGACAGAGCAGCUUAAGGACUCGCAGGAUCCUAUUUCAUACAUGCUAAUUAUGGGAAAGUAUUCUUUCUGAAAUAGAUCUGUAUUUCUGGUUUUGAGGCUUUGCUUUUUUAUUAUACAAAACCAAUGGUCCUGAAAUACGAUGCUUUUUCCCAUUUUAGUUCAUUUUACUACUACUUGUUUAGAAUGCUUGUACCUCUCUCUCAAUUUAGAUAUAAAUGGAACCUUGCUUGCUAGUAAAAAGUGUGUGUGUAGCCUUUUAUACCUAGUUGGCCAUGUGUCCUUUCUGUUGUAUGUGACUUAAUGACUGUUUCAUAUUAAAACUAGUCUUUCCUUCUGUACUGCUUACAUAUACCUGUUUUUGGGAUAUCAGUUCAGUACUUUUAUAAAAUCUCAAAUGUGUUCCACAUUGGUGACAUUUAUUUUUGCAACAACUUUAAAAUAAAUAAAUUAGGCAUGUCUGAAAUAACACA